AUGGCUGCUCAGUGGAGGAGCAGCAACUUUUCAUGCCGAAACCUUACCAAAACUCAACUAGGCGGCGUCGUUUUUGGCUGCACCAAGCAUACCAUCAACGAAUGCUUGUCCAAACACUUGUUUGGUCUACCUUUUGAGCACUUUUCAUACGUGCAGAAGAUUGACACUGCCCUCCCCUUGUUUCUUUUCAACUAUUCUGAUCGUAAACUUCAUGGCAUUUUUGAGGCUGCUGGUCCUGGUCAGCUCAAUAUUGACCCUUAUGCCUGGACCUCUAAUGGUUCCCACAGAACUUCCUUUCCUUCACAGGUUCAAAUCACUCCUCGCUUACACUGUCAACCCCUUUCUGAAGACAAAUUCAAACCUGCCAUUCUAGAUAAUUACUACACUUCUUCUCACCAUUUUUGGUUCGAGCUUGAUCAUUUACAGACUAAUAAGUUGAUUUGUCUCCUCACAUCCUUUGCUUUGAAACCUAAACCACCCUCCCACAAUACACACCUUUUUCACUUUCCUCCAUCACCUGAAAUUAGAGACAACAUGGAUGAGGAGGUUAAGCUUGGAAUUUCCAAGAGUGAACCCGUGGAGGUGUCACUCAUUUCUCACUCCACAGCUCCUCCUCUUCUCUCUGAAUAUCUCCCAGACGUCCACAACUCUCAACAAAUGAUUAAGGAUUGUGUUCUCGAGGAACCCAAGGAUCUCGCUCUUAUUCAUGCCGAGCAUCCAGACAAUACUCUGAUGGAAACCGUUGACCAAGCAAACAUUCCCUCCUCCUCCAAGAAUUUGACAGACAUACACACACUUGACCAGGAAACAUGUUCAGCCGGGAAAGGAGAUGGCGGUUCUCUGGUAUCAUCUCCUCGUCAACAUACAGUAAUCCAGCAGCUGAUGCAUGAGGUGAAGGAACUCAGGGCAUACGGGAUUGAAAAUUCAACCAAGAUAUGCUACUUGGAAGAGAAACUGGUGGUGUGGAUUUUUAUCCGUCCUACUGGAUUUCUGUUUGCAUUUGUGAAUGUUGGUUAUGAUAAACGUCCCCAAGUUGAACUUGAAAGAAAAGUGUAUUCCACACAACUAUCAUAG